CCUCAGCCAGCGGUGGGAGGACACAGAACUCGCACUCCAGCAGCAGGUGCCCCCUGUGCCCACACCAUGAGAUGGAAGUCUAUGGGAAAGGCGCCAGACACGGGUUAUUGUUGGGAAUGUACUGUCCGGCAUAGGAACCUCUAUAUAGUCUUCUCUCAUCAGCCAUGAAAUGGGAGCGGAGCCCCCCGAUACUCUCUGUACAGUGGCAGACACUCAACGAUGCACGAUCUGCAGGUCAGUGGGAGAUAGGACGCUGUCGCCGUGAAGGCAAUGGGCUGUGCAUGUGCUACCGGGAGUGUGCAGCUGUACCCCGGAGUGGGUCUGUGUUAUUAUACCCCUAGUUGAUGGUAUACACACAGGGAAUGAAGAAAUUGCUGCUGAUGGAGACAGAGCCACCUCACCUCUGUGUUAUAUGCCUCGCCGAUGUCUCCCUGAAGGUAUACUCCUAUGCACUGAGGAAAUGAAGACGUGCCAGAGGUUUGCGCUGCACGCUGCCCCCUCACCUGUGUGUGCAUGGCCAGGUGAGAGCGAUGCCCAGUGAGAACGGCAGCAUGGAUCUCCGCUACUACAAUCACUCCUGGCCAGAGGAGCCCCUCUACCUGUUCCCCGUCCCGGUGCUGACAGGGAUAACUAUCGCCUGCAUCCUGCUAUUCAUCAUUGGGAUAAUGGGGAACAUCAUGACCAUGCUGGUGGUGAGUAAGUACAAGGACAUGAGGACCACCACCAACCUCUACCUGUCCAGCAUGGCCUUCUCCGACCUGCUCAUCUUCCUCUGCAUGCCGCUGGACCUCUACCGCCUCUGGCAGUACCGGCCCUGGAACUUCGGCAGCGCCCUGUGCAAGCUCUUCCAGUUCAUCAGUGAGAGCUGCACCUACUCCACCAUCCUGAACAUCACCGCCCUGAGCGUGGAGCGCUACCUGGCCAUCUGCUUCCCCCUCAGGGCCAAGGUGCUGAUCACCAAGGGCAGGGUCAGGCUGCUCAUCCUCCUCCUCUGGGCCGUGUCCUUUCUCAGCGCCGGACCCAUCUUCGUCCUGGUCGGAGUGGAGUAUGAGAACGGCACCGACCCGCUGGACACCAAUGAGUGUAAGGCCACGGAGUACGCGGUCAGGUCGGGUCUCCUCACUGUCAUGGUGUGGACCUCCAGCGUGUUCUUCUUCUUGCCGGUCUUUUGCCUGACCGUCCUGUACAGCCUGAUCGGGAGGAAGCUGUGGCGGAGGAAGAGAGACACCAUAGGACCCUUCAGCCUCUCCCACAGGGACAAGAAUAACAAGCAGACUGUGAAAAUGCUGGCUGUGGUGGUGUUUGCAUUCAUUCUAUGCUGGUUGCCGUUCCAUGUGGCUCGCUACCUGUUUUCUAAAUCCUUUGAAGCAGGGUCCUUGGAAAUAGCUCUGAUCAGCCAGUACUGUAACUUGGUGUCAUUUGUGCUCUUCUACCUGAGUGCUGCCAUCAACCCCAUUCUGUACAACAUUAUGUCCAAGAAAUAUCGUGUGGCUGCCAGCAGACUAUUCAGAUUGAAACAAGUUUCCCGAAAAGCACCUUACACGAUGAAUGAUGAAAGUUCUCCAGCUUGGACAGAAUCCAAUGUGAGCACAUGACAAUGAGCUUUUGGAAACCAUGUGCCAUCCAUUGUCAGGAAACAUCAAAGCCAUAAUAUUCCAGAAGUCACAUUUGCAGGAUGUAGGAUCCAUCGACUGUGUUGUGUGUUUAAUGGAUUUUCACACACAAAAAUAGUUUCUCAGGAUUACAUGUAAUGGGAAGGGUGAUCAGUGUUUUGCACCAGUGCAAAUUUUAAUAGUCAUUUCUUUCCUACUGAUAUUUUUUCUUAAGAGAAAGAGAGAAUUUUUGUAUUGGUUUCUCAGAAGGGUGCUCAGGGCAGUAUGGUUCUCUUCUGAGAUUUGAUACAUUUAAACAGUAUUUAAUAAGUUAUAACCUAUACGUCUGAAGUGCUGCUAAGAAAUUUCGGUUGUACGUAAUGCAUUGUACUGUUUCGUGCAAUUCCUGUGGCUAAGUGUCCAGAGAUUUGUGUUGUUACUGUUGAGUACAAUAUGAUGUUUUAAUGUCAUGUGAGAAAAG